GCGCAUGCGCGAGCUACGUGCACGACGCACGUGCUCUUCGGAUGUUUACUUUUUUGUUUUUGUUCCAGAGUAUUCUGUCACGUCGCGAGACGUAAGGGAGUAGAGUACGGAAGCAGAUCCCUCUGUUGCUGUUACAAUGAUCUCCACUCUUCUAUGAAUGCUGCCUACUAGAUUUUGUAGCUGGGCUGUGAGAGCAUUAGUGAGGAGGAGAGAGGCAGAGCAGUGCACCCCAGAGACAGAGAGAGAGAGAGAGAGAGAGAGAGAGAGAGAGAGCUGGGCGGGGAAGGAGUUGCUCCUACUGGCCUUGAGAAAGCCCCACAUAGCGGACUCGCAGCUGAUCGCUGAAGCAUCGCUCCUUUUUCACUCUAAAGCCAAAAUGUCCUCUUUAUCGGGGAAAGAGAGCAGCGCUCAGCACGCCUCCUACGUGGGACCGUACCGGCUGGAGAAGACGCUGGGCAAAGGACAGACAGGCUUGGUGAAGUUGGGGGUUCACUGUGUCACGUGUCAGAAAGUCGCCAUAAAGAUCGUGAACCGGGAAAAACUCAGCGAAUCAGUAUUGAUGAAGGUUGAGAGGGAAAUAGCGAUCCUGAAGCUCAUAGAACAUCCUCACGUAUUGAAGUUGCAUGAUGUGUAUGAAAAUAAGAAAUAUUUAUAUUUGGUUCUAGAGCACGUGUCCGGUGGAGAGCUUUUCGACUACCUGGUAAAGAAGGGCAGAUUAACACCCAAAGAGGCCAGGAAGUUUUUCAGACAGAUCAUCUCAGCACUGGACUUCUGUCACAGUCACUCCAUAUGCCACAGAGACCUGAAGCCAGAGAACCUGCUGUUGGAUGAGAAGAACAACAUCAGAAUAGCAGACUUUGGAAUGGCUUCUCUGCAGGUUGGAGACAGUCUCUUGGAAACUAGCUGUGGAUCUCCUCACUAUGCCUGCCCAGAGGUGAUUAGGGGAGAGAAGUAUGAUGGCAGGAAAGCAGAUGUUUGGAGCUGUGGGGUCAUCCUCUUUGCACUUUUAGUGGGUGCUCUGCCGUUCGAUGACGACAACCUGAGGAACCUGCUGGAGAAGGUGAAGCUAGGAGUGUUCCAUAUGCCUCACUUUAUCCCUCCUGACUGCCAGAACCUGCUGAGAGGAAUGAUUGAAGUGGACGCGGCCAAAAGACUCACGUUAGAACAGAUACAGAAGCACACAUGGUAUAUUGGGGGGAAGAACGAGCCGGAGCCGGAGCAGCCUGCUCCACGGAAGGUGGCGAUCCGCACGCUACCCUCGGCUGAAGACAUCGACCCAGACGUUUUGGAGAGCAUGCACUCUCUCGGCUGCUUCCGAGACAAGAACAAACUGAUGAAAGACCUGCUGUCUGAUGAUGACAACCAAGAGAAGAUGAUCUACUUCCUCCUGCUGGACCGUAAGGAGCGGUAUCCCAGCCAUGAGGACCAGAACCUGCCUCCACGUAAUGAGAUUGACCCUCCAAGGAAGCGGGUGGACUCUCCUCUGCUGACCAGACACAACAAGAGGAGACCGGAGCGCAAGUCCAUGGAGGUACUGAGUGUAACUGAGGGCGGAUCCCCUGUGCCUGUACGGCGAGCUAUCGACAUGAACCAGCACGGACAGAGGUCACGGUCCAUCAGUGGUGCUUCAUCUGGUCUGUCCACCAGUCCCCUCAGCAGUCCGCGGCCUGUGCGGCGCUUUUUCAUUCCCCCGCAAUCCUCAGAGCUCAUGCGGUCGCCCAACCACAACCCAAGGCUCAAUGGCACCUUCCAGCCAGGCACGGGAGCACAAAAUUCAGCACAAAACAACAAAACUCAGACGCUCCCAGCUAAGCCCAAAGGGUCAGAAAAGCCCCUCCAGAGUACUAGAUCAAACCCACUUCCUAACACCAUGGCCACACCGCUGACUGCCAAGUCUGAGCCAUCCACGCCAUCCACGCCAUGUCACCCCAUUUCCCCAGCCAUCCCUGUGUCCAACAGCCCGAAGGUGCGCCGGCCGCCCCUGACUGUGCCCCCAAAACUUUCAGUGCCCCUCUCACAGGCUCAACCUCUCUCUCCCAUCCGCCUGCACCACCUGCACCCGCUGGCCAUGACUGACCACAACGGCAAAUGUAUCCCCACUGUACAGGUGACUCCCCACCCCUCACCUCGCGCCAGCCCCCUGCCAACGCCCAAAGGGACACCCGUUCACACACCCAAGGAGAGUCCAGCAGGUACGCCGAGUCCCACACCACCUCCCAGUCCCUCUAUCGGGGGCAUGCCCUGGAGGACGCGACUCAACUCCAUCAAGAACAGCUUCCUCGGCUCGCCGCGCUUCCACCGCAGGAAACUGCAAGUACCAACCCAAGAGGAAAUGUCCAGUCUGACGCCAGAGUCUUCCCCCGAACUUGCGAAAAAAUCUUGGUUUGGGAAUUUCAUCAAUUUGGAGAAAGAGGAGCAGAUCUUUGUGGUGAUCCAGGACAAACCUCUGAGCUCGAUCAAAGCUGAUAUUGUGCAAGCCUUUCUCUCAAUUCCCAGCCUCAGCCACAGUGUGGUUUCUCAGACGAGUUUUCGGGCGGAGUACAAGUCCACGGCCGGCCCUGCCGUCUUCCAGAAGCCUGUGAAAUUUCAGGUGGACAUCACCUACACGGAGAGCACGUCGGCCACCAAGGAGAACGGCAUCUACUCCGUCACCUUCACCCUGCUCUCAGGUCCCAGCCGACGUUUCAAGCGAGUUGUGGAGACGAUUCAGGCUCAGUUGUUAACUACACAUGACCAGCCUGCUGUCCAGCAGCUGUCUGGCAGCCCGUUGACUAGCUUCUUUGACGUAAUUAAACAGCUCUUUUCAGACGAGAAGUCCGGGCAGGUGUCACAGCCCCCCGGCACGCCCAAGCAGCAGAAGUCCGACUCUAAUGCCUCCAAGAGCAAAGACAAAACCAGGGUGAUACCUUCAGUCGGGACACAGGAGCAGCCUUAAAACCAGGAGUGUUAGUAGAUGACUAGAUUUUUUUCUAGUCCACUCUUUAAUUUCUAAAUAAAUAUCCACAACACUCUUGACUUGAUAAAAGUCAAUCAAAACCCUUAAUAAACUUUUUUUUUUUUUUUUUUUUUUUUUUACCUUGGGAUGAUUCCUGCAGUAGAACAUCAACUGGAGGCACAUCUGGAUGUUCUUUGAUUCUUUACCAAAAUGUCUUAUUACUCUCUUGCAUUGCAUUUCAUGUUUCUUGUGUCUUUCUGUUCCAUUUUGUGAUGCCUUUUGCACAUUUCUGCUGCCAGGGAUUAUCCAGAAAACGUGUUAGAACCCGACUGCUGCUCUCGCAUGAGCUUCGUGUACAGUAUGUUGAUGGAAGGCACAUUACACAGCAAGUACAAGCUACGGAUGGAUGCUCCUCAACACCGAUUCGCACCAAACCAACGUGAUUCAUUCACCGUUCACCUUCUUCUCUCUUACUCAGAGCUACAUCUGUCUGAAAAAUUGACAAAAGCCUUAAAAAAAAUCUAAUCCACAAAUGUUGCAAUUCUUAUUUCAUGGCAUUUCAUAUUCCUUUAAUCUCUGUAUUCUCUCUAUUGGCUGUUGUUUAUCCCCUUUACACACACACACUCACACACUGAGAAGAAGAAGCAGAGGGUGAAGUGGACAUUAAGGCAUUUGAGGAGCAGCCCACACGGACUCUCGUUAGAUUGUAAUUCUUUUCGAUGUAGUGUUUCUUUAUGAAUGACAGAAUUGAACUAUUUUAUGAACUCUGUGUCAUUGCUGUACAAGAUUUUGAAAUCUUAUUUGGAAAAUAAUAUGGCCGAGCCUAUUCCGGGGUGCUUUGGGAUGGGAUCAGAAAGGGGAAAUGUUUCAGUAAAUGCUCUAUUCUCUUGUACAGCCUGUAAUACAGUAUGUUCUUUAUGUAAACCUCGUCUAGUUGUGACUCUGCUUGGACUGAUUAUGUUGCCUUUUUUUUUUCUCUCCAUGUAGUGAUGAAAUAUUUUGUCACCUUUGAAUGAAAUGAUGCAGAAUGAUUUACUUUUGAUGUCCAUUUUGCAUUUUUGAAGAAAAAAAAAUCUUUUUGGAGAAGCAUCUGCAGGAUUCAGAGAACUUUGGCCAUAAUUGUGUAUAAUUUUAUAACUUAUUUAUCAUUGUGUUUUUAUUUGUUCUUGUUCUUAUUGUUUGUUAAUUUAUGCAGCUGGGACUAUUUAUAAACCAAAUUCAAGUAGUUUAGUGUUCGUAUCGGAGCUAUUUGUCAAAUUGUUUGCAUUUGUUUUUGUCAUUUGUUAUUUGUUAGGACUCAUCUGAAUUUUGUGAACAAAGCACUCUUUCUUUUCUGGCUUUGAGCAGAAAAAGAGCUUGUAGUAUAUGUUAAAUUAUUUACCAGUAAUUUAAGAAUGUAGACUUAGCCUCUACGCGGGAUGGGGCGGGUAUAACGUUAUGAACUCUUGCUAUUUGUCACUUUUUAAAUCUCAUAGUGUGUGUUCAAACAGAUCAAAACACUUGAACCAUGUGAUGUAAAUAGAUAACUUUGCCAAUGAGUUUCUUAAGGCACCAAGGGGAUCGUCCUGCUCAUGGCUGUGUUCUCGUAUUUGCCGUUUGCAUGUCAGACAUCCAGCUUUUCUCUGCAUGAUGAUGAUGUAUAUGUUCAAUUUGCCCUCUCUUGUGCUUCCCCCCCUCUCUUUUCCCCCCAUUUUUUAAUCAGAAUGACUGAAUUAUUUUUCUCUUCACUUUUUUUUGGUUUUUAUGUUUAUGUUCACGUCUCAUUCCCUUCUUGUUCUUUAGUAUUUUUUGUCCCUUCGGUUCUGUAUUGUUUUCUCUGAGAGGGUGUGCUGAUGUCAUAACCCACCUUGUUGCAGGUGCGCAUCCACAACACGGCAGAAUUCAGAUAAAGAGAAAUAAACUAAGCAAUACCUA